CUGGCCGGGGUUUGGUCGGUGAGGCAGGGGGGAAGUACGAAGCUGGUCCCGGGUGAUGAUGGAGCUGGAGUCGGCCAGUAACAGAGGCGAACUGGGAGCGGUGGGAGACUCGCUCCAACCACAGACCCCGAGCAGACAUGAAAAAAGCCUCGGGCUGCUCACUACCAAGUUUGUGACUUUACUGCAGGAGGCGAAGGACGGAGUGUUGGACCUGAAAGCUGCAGCAGACACGUUGGCAGUGCGGCAGAAGCGACGAAUCUACGACAUCACUAAUGUGCUGGAGGGAAUUGGACUAAUAGAGAAGAAGUCCAAAAACAGUAUCCAAUGGAAGGGUGUAGGUCCGGGCUGUAACACCAGGGAGAUAGCCGAUAAGCUGAUUGAUCUGAAGGCUGAGUUAGAUGACCUGGCUCUCAGGGAACACGAGCUUGACCAGCAGAGAGUCUGGGUCCAACAGAGCAUUAAGAAUGUCACAGACGACUCCAACAACAGCCCUAUGGCAUAUAUUAAACAUGAAGACCUCUGUGGAGCUUUCAAAGGUGACACACUCCUAGCAAUCCGUGCUCCCAUUGGCACACAACUAGAAGUGCCCAUACCAGAAGCUGUCCUCAACGGACAAAGAAAGUACCAGAUACGUCUGAAGAGUUCGUCUGGUCCCAUCGAGGUUUUGCUGGUCAAUAAGGACCCGUCCAGUGCCUCUCCUGUUGUUUUGCCCGUCCCUCCUCCAGAUGACGUCCUUCAGAACCUCCCAGCACCGACGCCUACCUCCCAGCUGCCCUCUUCUGCCUCCCAGGCCCCUAAAGUAGCUCUAGCCACUUCUACAAAACCUGGUGUCACCACAACAUCAGCUGUUGCCAACCAGACAGCCUCAGUGACAGAAGUGAUGACUACCACGCCACUCACCCCAACAACAGACACACCCUCUACAGUUACUCAGCAACUUCAGUCCUCUGCCUUGUUGGAUGGAUCCGUUUCCUCUUCUGCCUCUGCAGUAUUUGAACCAAUUAAGUCGGAUCCCUCUGAAUUGUUGGACUUUCCCAAAGAGCUCUCUGAAAUGUUUGAUCCAACAAAAGAGAUCAUGGGUGGAGAUCUGUUGGAGGACUUGAUGUCAUCAGAAGUGUUCUCGCCUCUCCUCCGUCUGUCCCCUCCACCCAGCGACCACGACUACAUAUACAACCUGGAUGAGACAGAAGGCCUGUGUGACCUCUUCGACGUCCCCAUUAUCAACCUCUGACCCCUGAUUGUUGUCCGAGCGAGACACCGUUGCCCAAAUAUGCUAAUCUACCUUAAUUUUCUCCAAAUUUCCCCCCCACUGACAGUGAAGCAGAGAAGAGGUGCAGUGUUGAAGGACACCUCUGCAUUUACACUGUGAGCUCAGCCUGAGCUUGGUCAGACAGCAGCUCGAUGUACAGCCAUGUGAAGAAGUACAGGCGAGAACAAAACAUUUUAUUAACUGCUUUUCCAAGGAAAGUCAAAACAAGUGACAGAUAAUUAUAUUUUUGAAUUACUGUGUAUGAUGUGUAUGUAAGCGCUAUGUUUGUAUCAGCUUUCGCGUGCGCUUGUGGGUGAAUGUGUGUAGGGCAUGCUUUACGUAAGCGCGUGUGUGUGUGUGCGUGUGCAUGUGUUUAGUCAUGAACGCUUUUUUAAAGGACCAGUGUGUAGAAUUUUAUUGGCAUCUAGUGGUGAGGUUGCAGAUUGCAACCAAAUGAAUAGUCCUCCCCUCACCGUCCCCUUACAAGCCUGUAAGAGAACCCAGAGUGGCCAAAAAAAGAGAGAGAGAAAGGCCCAGUGUUUGGUUUGUCCAUUCUGGGCUACUGUAGAAACAUGACAGUGCAACAUGGCGGCCUCUGUGGAAGAGGACCCGUUCCCCAUGUAGAUAUAAAAGGGCUCGUUCUAAGGUAAUGAACACAACAACUCUUAUUUUCAGGUGAUUACACACUAUAAAAACAUUGUUAUAUAAUCUAUUAUUCAGUUUCUGCCAAGUCCGUUCCACUACACACAAAUUCUACACACUCCACUUUUAAAGUCAAGAUGUCUUCAGGAAGAAAAAAAAAGAGAAGCCCUUUUCCUAUCAGGUCAAGAGUCAUGGCAGACUUAACGGAGAACAGCCUUUAUCACCCGGCAGCUGCUCACGCAUGGCUUGUAUGAGUCCAAACACAGCUGGUUAAAUAUGCACUGUCCUCAUGUACAUAGAGAAUAUAUAUUUUGUAUUACCAGCACACCAGACUAUUGUGUAAUAAUGAACUACAUUUGUAACACAGAAAGAGCAAUAGUUUGCAAAUAAAACAACAACAAAAGAGAAGGUACCAGACUCAAAGCAAAAGUGCUUUUAAUCAUACUGAAUGUAUGAAGUGCUUGUUUUAUAAUCACAGAGGAGUAAUUCGUCUUAAUUAAACCUUUCAGUGUUUAAGUGUUGUUGCGCACCAGUUAGAGAAAGAGGAUGGUACUGCUGAGCUACUGAAGCCAGUACACGUUGUGACAUUAAGCUUGAAGGACCAAAAAGUGAUACAGGGUUUUG